AUGCCCGAACAGGAACUGGAUUUGAAGAUAUACAAGAGAAGCAGGGAUGGGCUGGAUACCAUUGAUAACAGAUCACACAGAUCUCGAAGUCUCCCGCGUUGUAAAAGUGCGGCCCUGCGUAAGUCGACAGACACGCUGCUGUCAUCAUCGAACCGCAACGGCCCCCGACAACAGAGGUACUCAAGUUUCGCAGCCAACAACAACUACAGUCACAACUACGGCAACAACAACAACAAUAAUGUUUCGUACAAUUCACGAUGGUCUUCCAUUGUUGGAAGUGAGUGCCCGGAUGACGUCAGCAGGCCUGCUGGUCUUCAAGGAGUCUUGUUCCCUGCAGAGCAUGUAAUCCUGCUGAACAAGAACACUUUCGAACAGAGCUACGUCGACUGCCUGAUCAAUCAGUACUACAAAUCUCUUCCACAGAUGGUCCAACUAUCGGCCAUCAUCAUCGGCUACAGACGCAUCUUCACAAAGGCUGAGGGCGUCAGUGACGAGCCAGUUGUGAACGUAUCAUACGAGCCAAUCAAUCUCUGGCAGUACUUCAAUUGCACCCAAGAUAACUGGGUUCCUGAAGAUUUGGCGGCCCCUCAAGCAUCCGAGUGGUUCAUAUCUGCCGUGCCUGUUAAUCUGCUGACCGGGUUAGUCCAUCUGAGAAGAGAGGGGGGUAACGAAUCGAAUUUGAGUGAGCAAAUGAAUUUGUGCCUCGAGAUAGUUAAAUGCGUUUCGUUCGAAGCAACGAAAGAGAUUUCGAGAAUGUAUGAAUAUCAAAUCAGCGUCGUUCCAGAUCAGGGCUCCGUCCGGCAACUUGGCAAGCACGCAGCCGAAAGAUCGGUCGAAUAUUUAAGAUCCGGUAAUCGAUUCGUCGAGCGUGACUCGCUCAUCGAAGGCGUCGCCUACCUACCGCCUGAUGCUCUGAAUGAAGAGUUGGGCGGAUUCGUGUCGGCGAUCUUCGGAACAGAAAGAGAACUGCAGUGGGAUAUUCGAAGGGUUUUUUGCUGUUGCGGAUUGAGAGUGUAUAAUUACGUCGAUUCAGUGACAUCUGGAGUAGCGGAAAAUAAUUUUUUCUCCCCGGUUAACUUCCUAACAAGCAGGGAUUGCAUGCCUCUGGUUUAUGGCUACCGUAACGUUCUCCAGAAACGGAACAUCGAAACCGGAACCGACGUAACAUCUCUAACGGAUGUCAAUCGAUUCCCGGACCGACUGGAUGAGAAUCCGGAUGACUUCCACAGGGAUUACAUACCGCUGAGUGAGAUGGCGAGGAUGAAGACGGCGAUGACGUCAGCGGCUGCAUCCAACAACGACAACAACAUGUCUGAUAUUCUUAGGAGGAAUAAGAACUUGAAUGUCAACAAUUAUAAGUUUUAUAACAAUGCCACUCAAAACCAUCAUACAACGUCGCAACAUGCCUAUAAUAAUAAUAAUAUUAAUAAUUAUAACAACAAUAAUAAUAACAAUGUUAUAAAUAAUAAUAAUUACAAAAUCGUCGGUCGAAACAGCAAGCCUUCUACAUCAACACUGAUUCCUGGAAGCGUGAAUGGCUUCAGACAUUCGAUGAGCAACAGUAAUUCGAAUAGAAGUUCAGUUUUAACCAAUCCUAAUUACAGUUCUCUGGCCAGGAGCACGGAUUUAGGCAGCGGUCAAGAAGAUAGAACGUCUAUGGGGUCACCGCAGUUUAAUAGGGACGUGCCUUCCUACAAAUCGGAGAGGUCGUCGGCAAUAGGGGGUGGUCAUCUGUCUAAAUAUGUUAACGGUCACCCUAGUAGAAUCUCAGUCAACAAUGGCAAUGAAACUAACAGAAAUAUCCAUCAAAACACGGUGAAACGCGGAAUCAUUAAAAACCACAACCAUCCAGUUAAUCACAAUCAGUCUCACAACAUCGCUCGCCCCAUUGAAACCAGUUUUGAAUAUGAAGGGAAUGUCGACUGGCCGGUCACCAAUCAGAAUGCCGUCGUCUUCAACAGAUGUCAGUCAAGUGUGGACAGUUACGGCAGAGUUAAUAAUGAUGUAAAUGGGUCAGCUAUUGGUCAGCCAAUCCAGAAUGGGGUCACGCAUAAUUUAAAUGGCGCUAGAGCUAAACUGCCGCCUAAACCCCCGAUCAGAACGAUUUCAAGUCCGCAUUAUAAUUCUAACUUGAAUGGCCAGCAACAACAAAGUCUGUCGGCAUCUAACGUGCAACAACAACAUCAACAACAGCUGCUGCAACAACAAUUGAAACAACAACUACACCAGCGUAAUUCUAUGCUGGUGCAACGGCAAGACUUUCAACAGCAACAACAAUUCUAUCAAAAACAACAACCGCAGCAGCAACAACGACAAUGUUCCUCUUCUUACCAAGCGCUUCCUGGUUUGCCUGCAGAACUUGCAGCUAUUCAGCAACAAUCAAUCAUGCAACAACUUACAUCAGCAACCGAACAACACAAGCAGCAACCUCUGCAACAAAAUGUAUAUAAUAAUAAUAACAACAACAUUAACAACGACAUCAAUAAAAACAACCACAACAACAAUGUCGAUAAAAACGCCACCAACAACGAUAAGGACUAUGAUUUCUUAGAUUUUUCAUCAUUCUUGAAAUUAGUAGAACAGCAAAACGCCAACCUCCAAUCAUUUGAGCAGAAAAUUCUGCAAAAUAACCAACAGCAACUCAUCAAGCACGGUCCUAUAUCCAAUUUGUCAAACAGAAAUGGCGUCGAUGGCAACGAUCUCCUUAGUGACCCGACCUUCGAGAAUGAGUUAGAGUUCGACGUGAUAAUUAGGAGCAAGCUGGCCGUCAUUCCGUUGCAUUGCAUAGUUAAUGGGACCGUUUUGUCACUAGUUUACGAGUCACUAAUUAAGAGAAAGUCCAAUUUUGAGAAAGUUGUUGGAGGUCUGAUCAUUCUGGAAGUGUAUGCCCUCAAUCUGAAUUUUCAACCAUGGAAGAAAGAAUUCUACGAAAUAUCGAAAUAUUCAAGCAUCUAUCAGCAAUACUUCAGCAGAGGCGCAUUCAAAAAUACCAAAAAAUUAUUCGAAAUACUCGGCUAUGAAGAAAAUAAAAAACUUGGAAAAUACACCCUGAAGAAAAAGCAAAGUAGAAAUGAAUUAAUCUCUUUUGCAGUGUCUUUGCGGAUAUUAAUGAUCGAAUGUACGAUUUUAAGUUCUGUGGUUCAAUUUUUGAGUGAUGAUAAGGGCUUAACGAUGAAAGAUCUGUGCUUGGUUAGACAUAAAAUUAUAGGGGAUGAAAAUAACAUUGUUCAGUAUUUUGAUGAUCAAAGUAUAAAUAAUAAUAUGAAUAAUGACAAUUAUACUUAUGAUACCAACGAUAUCCGUGAAGAUAUUAAUGAUGAUACAAGUUUGUGUGUGGAAAUUUCUGACAAAUUUGAUAGAUCAGAAAAAGAUUUAGAAAGUUUUAGGCAGAAAAAUGAUGAUGAUGAUAAUAACAACAACAACAAUAAUAAUAAUACUAAUGAUAGUGAUGGUAAUGAUCCUAUUAAAUUAGAUCUAAAGAAUGUAAUAAAUACAGAUAAAACUAUUUUUGUUGAUAUGAAUGAUGACGGAUCAUUCAAUCAACAACAUAAUAGCAGUGAUAAAGACGAUGCCGAUGAUGUUACUACCACUACUGCUACUACAACUACUACUAAUACUACUACUACUACUUAUGUUAAUGAAAAUUGCAUUAAUGAUGAUGUUAAUGCUAGUAUUUAUGUUCCUACUACAACAAUUAAUAGUAAUGAUGAUGAUGAUACUACUACUACUAGUAGUAAACAUGAUAAUACUACUACUACUACUAAUAAUAAUAAUAAUAAUAAUUAUAAUGAUGAUGAUGAUGAAAACGAUGAUGAUGAUGAUGAUCACGAUAAUUACAGUGUCGUUGAUGAAAGAAGAGAUAUUGAGAGCGUAAUCAGCGCUUAUCCACAUCAACAACGACAUCAGCAGCAACAGCAACAUCAGCAGCAACAACAACAGCUGCAACAACAACAGCAGCUGCAACAACAACAACAACAAUUGUUACAACAACAACAGCUGCAGCAACAACAUCAUGCUGCCGAGUUUCACGCUCUUGAUAAAAAACAGUAUCCAACUACUGCUACUACUUACAUUGGCAGUAAUAUAAGUAAUGAUAAUGAUAACAAGGGCAAUGAUAGUAAUGAUGAUGGUGGUGGUGAUGAUAAUGAUAGUAGGUUGAUUGACGAUGUCGAUAAUGAUUACAGCUUCAUCACACUUCCAUUUAUAUCUAAUACGUUAGGAAUUUAUGAUGUUUCAGACGGUAAUGCCGUCUGUCCCCAUCAUCAUCAUCAUCACCAUCACCACCAUGAUUACCAUCACGUGGUUACUUCUGCUGUGACGUCAUCGCUAGCGGCAGCAGCACUGACGACGACAACAACAACAACAACAUUUGAGACACGUUUAGCAACAACACCAGAACCUACACCGACAACAUCGUCGUCGUCGUCAUCACCAACUGCAACAAACAACAACAACAUGCGUGUAUACAUCCCACUAUCAUCAUCAUCGUCGGCGUCAUUGGUGACGUCAUCAUCAUCAUCAUCAUCCUCAUCGGCAACAGCAACAUUUCAUGACCAUAUCUGUGUCAGGCCGAAGAGCUACAUAACUGAUCGGGUGACGAAGGAGGAAGCCACCUUUAAUUGGGUCAAAGACCUCAAAUAUCACCAAGAUAACAAUGAUAAUAAUAAUGAAUCAAUUUAUUAUGGCUUUCCGACGUUUUCAAACAUUAAAAAAGAUAAAACGCCAAACAAACCGUCGACAAUAUGGCAGGUAAGUAACGACGACGAUGACGAUGACGUCACCAACGACGAGGACGAUGACGACAACGACACUAUAAACGAUAACGACGGCGACAACAACAAUUGCAAUGACGUCAUGAAGACGAGCGAGAGAAUGAGGAUGGCGGGGAGGGCAGAUGAGGGGGGAGAGAUGAUGACGUUGAACUGGAAGAGGAGUAAGAAGGUGAUGACGACUUUCUCAACUUUUAAAAAUCCCUCACCAGCUGAGUGCUGCAGUGCUAGUGCAGCUGCCGAUCUCAAAGAUGCCCAGAGACAAAAAGCUAUUCCGCAACAAAUAUCUCAUCAACAAAUACCUAUACAACAGCAACAAAUACCUGUGCAACAGCAACAAAUACCUGUGCAACAGCAACAUCAACCGAUAUACGUACCGCAACAUCAACAGAUACAACAUCAACAGAUACAACAUCAACAUCGUUUAUUAUUCUCGCAACGUCAACAAUUGCCGUCGCAACAUCAGCAAGUUUUACUGCAGCAGCAGCAACAACAACAUCAACAUUUUCAUCAUCAACAACAACAGCAACAAUUGCAACAGCAACAUCAGCAGCUGCAACACCAUCAACAUCAUUUUAUGUCUCAGCAGCAUCAAUGCCCUCAUCAUCAUUAUACACCUCUGAGGCAACAGUAUUUUCCGCAACAUCAACAACAACAUCAACAGCAACAACAAUUACAACAGCAGCAACAACUGCAACAACAACAACUACAACACUUGCUGCAAAACGCAUCGCAACAUCAACGACAACAACAACAACAGCAGCAGCAGCAACAUAACAAGAACAUUAGAAUGUGUGAGAAUUGUUGUUGUUAUCACUCGGAGGAUGACGUCAGCAAUGUCGUCAACAUUUUCAACGUGGAGACUUGCAAGCAUCAGCAGUCUCAUCACUCAACCUUCAUUUGA